AUGGAAGGGUGCCAACCUCUUGCUGAACAAAUGCAGUCCUCCAAUGAUGUCGCCAAAACGGUGAAGCUUCCAUUGCCAUUUGAUCUUAAUACUAUACCUAAUGAGGAUGAGGAAGCAAGACCGGCAACUUCUGAUGAGACUUGGCUCCCCGAUUCUGAAUCCGAUGACAACUUCCGACCCUUACAACAACCAUCAUCUACUCCAGAUGCUCCUGUUGACAUUGAUGAUGUUGAAGACCGAGCUAGUAUUGUGGAGGGAGGAUCUGACUCUGGGAACAGGAAGAGGAAGAGAUCCUUGGAGGAAUCUGAUAAAGGGACUGCAGGGAGGUCUUUCCAUGGAGAAACAGAAUUGACAGUGCGAAUUGGUAGCAAAAAAGAGAUAGAUGAUGAUGGAUAUCGCUGGCGCAAAUAUGGCCAGAAGAUUAUGAAGGGAUGUCUAUACCCUAGGGCAUACUACAAAUGCGCAAGUGCUGGGUGUUUCGUAAGGAAACACGUGGAACGGGAUUCGCGCAACAAUAAAAAUGUAAUUAUCACUUAUGAUGGAAGGCACAAUCAUGAACAGCCACCCUCAUGGAUAACUAACAAGAAUAAACUUGUACUGGAUGAUGAAGGUGAUGAAGAAGAUGAAGAUGAUGGUGGUGAAGAACUUGCACCAACCAAUAAUGCUCUAAUAACUAGGAAUUUUCUGAUGAAUACCCCAAACCCUGCAGAACCUCAAGUUCACACACUUCAACUUCGUAAUGACAUGAAUCCUGAAUUUGCCAACAGGUUUAUGAGGCCCAACCAUUUUGGAAGUUUGAACAAUAACAUGAACAUUGGGUCUUCCUCCAACAACCCCCACAUGCAUUAUUCUUUCUUGAAUAAUACUAAUUCCAUGCCUCAUCGCUCCUAUGGAUUCAACCUUGACAACCCUUAUGCUACCCCUCAACCUAGGGGUCCUUCAAUGUUUCCCCAGUUGCCGACUUCACCACCAUUUAACAAUAUCAAUGUUCCUUCUUCUAGAGGGUUUUCUUCUCAGGCUUGGCGUAAUAAUGAUAAAAAUGGGUCUAGUUCGGUGUUUCCUUCCAGGGAAACAGGUGCAAGGGACAAGCACUAG